UGCGGAAAUGGGCGUCGGGACGAAAUUAAAAAUAUAAAUGGCGGGGGACAGAGACUGCAGUCUCACAUUGGACUGUGAUAAGUAAACAUGUUUGAGAGCUCAGUAGAACGUUUUCAAGAAGCGAAAAGAUGGGUCCGUAAUGCAGCAACAUAAUGGACGUAGCCAGGCAAGUCUAACUCAAACGAGUUCAACACAGCUUGCUUUGUUUAGUCAAACCUGGCUAACGCAGUCACUAAGCGACCUUUCUGUAUUUAAAUACAAAUAUGCAUACUUAAAAGCUAAUAUCAUAUUGUAAGACGCAUUAAUAAUAUAAGAUGUUGAUAACAUUCAAUGAGUAAAUGGAAUGGUCGACCUGCUACGUUGCUGGCUGUGUAACAUCCCGGGACGACUGAGACGAUGUCUAAUGGCAAGAUCAUCCCAAACACGCCGCUGGCUGUUGACUUCUGGAAAGUUCGCAAGUGUCCAGGGACGCGACUCUUCUUCCUGUCUCAUAUGCACAGCGACCACACGGUGGGCCUCACGUCCACUUGGGCAGACCGACCCAUCUACUGCUCACCUGUCACUGCCUCUCUGCUCAGAGUUAAACUGGGGGUGAAGGAGCAGUGGAUCCACCCACUAGAACUGGAUGACUCCUACCUUCUGUCUCUGGAUGACGUUGGCAAAGAGAAGAUGACAGUUACUCUAAUUGAUGCCAACCACUGUCCAGGGGCUGUCAUGUUCCUCUUUGAGGGUUACUUCGGUUCUAUACUGUACACUGGUGACUUCAGGUAUUCCCCAUCAAUGCUGCGUGAUCUUUGCCUUAUUACAAGCGCCACAAUCAAUGUUCUGUACUUGGACAACACCAACUGUGACCCCAAUCGCAUGAUCCCCACGAGAAAGCAAGCCACUCAGCAAAUUAAGGAGAUCAUCCGCAGCCACCCUGACCAUAAUGUAGUCUUAGGCCUAUAUGCGCUGGGCAAAGAGUCCCUGCUAGUGGAUUUGGCCAUGGAAUUUCAAACUUGGAUUGAGGUUAGCUAUGAGAGGAUGAAGACCCUCACAUUGCUCGAACUGCCUGACGUUUUCACCACUGACCCGGGUGCUGGACGUAUCCGAGUCGUGGAGCAGAGAGAGAUUUCCUUUUCUGCCUUGUGCCAGUGGAACAAGGAAGAGCCCACCCUGGCUAUCUAUCCCACCAGCAGGCCCCUGGUCUCCUUUCAUCCCAAAGUCCAUGUGGUGCCCUACUCCGAUCACUCAUCUCAUCAAGAGCUGAUAGACUUUGUCUCCGGACUCAAACCUUUGUCUCUUGUGCCUAUUAUAGGAAAUGGCAUUCCAGGAAGCCUCUCUGCCUUACUCCCUGGCAAAAGGCAUGAGAUAUUGGUGCCUGAGUCAGUACGACAAUACAUGGGGAGGCUGCCUGAUAACAAAAUGAAAUCAUCAGCAUCUUCAAACUGUCGUCACCAACAUGUCCGACCGCUUGCCCCAAAAGGAGUAGUGUUUGAAUCUCCUGUAAGUUUAGCCAAGUCGGGCUCGAAAGCGGGGUGUCUGGAUCAAGAUUCUUCCUCUGAGGAAGAGGAGGAGAUGGACUUAGAGAGUGUUGAAAAACAUUGUGACUAUAUCCCUGGUGAUUCAAACAAAAAACUCACCGCUUAUAGAAACCGACGUGAACCUGUCGACCCGUGGAGCAUCAACAUUGUACAGACCAUCCCAGAGGAAAUGUUGUUGGCACACUCGAUAACGCUCAGUCAACUCAGUCAGAGCAACUUUGCACCUGCGGUGAUCGUGAGGAACACCAAUGCAUGCUUACGGCCACUCUGGAGCACAAUAAAGCCCAUUGAUGAGACAUCGUCAAAUGGUAAUUACAGUCAGCCUGUUGAAUAUCCACAUGUUGGUAACAGCACACCAAGGUCAGAUGAUGAUAGCAUGAGUGAGUGUGAAGGACAAGCUGCCCUGCAGCACUCCAAACACUUGACACAAGACAACAACAGUGAAUCUUUGUUCCACUCAAGUGUUGAUAGCCAAUCCUGCACUUCAUUAAGUUCCUUAAAAGAGACGUAUACAGAACAGCUUGAAAACAAGAUUUUGAAUGAACUUGUUUUCACAGAAGACGACUUAAAGGUAUGCUGCCUCCUGAAGAAGAGUGAUGUGCAGAUGUCUGCUGUUUGUCUCGUACACAAGCAAGAUACACUUACAUCUCUGCCUAAAUGACCUGAUGUCCACAUAUUUAACUUCCUUAAAAAGCCUUUUCUUUGUUUUCCUUGAGUUUUUCUAAACAUGUGCACCUAUAAACAAAUCUCAGUAUAUGUAGCCUUUCUCUUCGGCGCCUGUAAUUAGGGAUAGGAAUCGAAAACCGGUUCUUGUUCAGAACCGUUUUACAGUGUAUCAAUUCCUUGGAAUCGCUUGAAAUGUUUUCAAAGCAAUUAUUUUAAUGAUUCCAGCGAGCGGGAAUGGUGUCAUUGCAAGAAACACUCCAAAGACUUUUUACAAGAAAAUAUUGCAACAGCGCUACUUGUAAACAUUGCAAGGCUACUAUUUCAUCUAGAGGAGGACAUACGAGCAAUAUGCUAAAACAUUUAAACACACAAAAUUAAUUAACCAUAAGUGAAUGUCGCUUUUCUGAACCGGUCCGAUCUCAUCCCAGCAGCAGUCACCUGGCGUAAACACAACAGAUACUAACACAGCAUAUAAUGUCGACACUAUUAUUUGUGAAAUUUAAAUGAAUGCCUUCUAAUUUAGAUGGGCAUUUUAAAAGACAGAUUUUUGCUGACUCCAGGGCGGGUAGUACUGGCUCCAGUUCACGUCUGCCGCUAGACGCAUGUCACCAAGCAACGACUAAGUUUGCGAUCAGAAGUUUGCACCCAUUUGCCACAGAAGACACACAUUUUUUAGGUAGGUCAAUGUUCAAUUGUAGUCAGAGAAAAGCUGCAUGAUUUCCUCCAAUCAGAUCUUCACCGUCAAACUAAAAAAAUAAUAGAAGAUUGUGUAAAAGUCCAUUAAUGUCAGCAAUUCAACUUUAAAUGUGAAACUAAUUUAUUAACUCACUGAGAUAUAUCAUGCCUUUAUUUCUUAUAAUGUUGAAGAUCAUGGCUUACAAUUUUUUUAAUUCCACAUUUUCUAAGAUUUCCAAUUUAAGGUUUUAAGACAUUUUGCCUCCAAUGGCCAAAGCGAAAAUGGGCCAAACAGCUGUUUUUACCAUACAACCCGCACUACUGGUGAGGAAUUUAGCAUCAUACCGCCAUAUAUGAAUAUAAGUCGCGUGACUAAUUCAGUUAGCAUGCAGCUCUACAUCUUUUAUCGACAUUUGUAACCUUAAAACAUUCAAAAAAGGUAAUUUCCUACAGAUUUUCUCUAUUUCCAGGUAUAACUAAUUCCUUCUAGAUAUUUCAUCUGAUCGCUUUCAAACUUUACACAGACAGAUUAUACAUAUGGAGGAUGCUACAUCUUGAUGCGCUUGGGUUUUCAUGAUAGUACGCGGGCGAACCAUGGUGACAAGAAAAUGAUAUGGCUGACUGCAAAUAUAGUUGUGUGGGUCAUCGUGUGCACUGAACAUCACAAUGUGGCAGAUCAUCCUCUCAAUGUACGAUCUUUGGUCAUGCAGAGCUGAACCCGCUACAACUCCAGACGAAGUCCAGUUUUACUUUUAAAAAUCAUCGAUCCAAAAUGUGCUUUCAACAUCCAUCCAUCCAUUUUCUACCGCUUAUUACCUUCGGGGUCGCGGGGGGCACUGGAGCCUAUCUCAGCUACAAUCGGGCGGAAGGCGGGGUACACCCUGGACAAGUUGCCUCCUCAUCGCAGGACCAACACAGAUCGACAGACAACAUUCACACUCACAUUCACACACAACAACAUUAAAUUAUACUGACAUAACAAUACUGAUUUCAUCUGAAUGAAAUUGAUGUAAAACGUCUGAUAGCCCUCGUGGCGCGUUAUUAGGACAUGAACCAUGAAGUAGAAGGUCAAUAGUUAAAAUCCAUGUUGGAGUUAAAGGUUUUAGAUAUGUUUUAAUCAUGUUUAAAAAAUUAUUUUAAAAAAGUGGAUUGGUCAUUGUGUUGCUCAAGGUAAUAUUUAUAUGGUGCUGGUAUACCCAUGAUUUCAGUCUUUCAUAGCUCCUCUUGGACCACCAUUUUUUGACAUGAUAUUUGUUAAAUCCUGGUUAAGGCCCUCGUUAAGAAACAUUGGUCAAUAAGUAUUGGAUUUUUGCUCCAAAGUUGCAUUCUUAACUCGUUUUGUGAGUACGACUGCAAACGGUUUAUUUAUGGAGACCUUCCCAGAUUACAAAUGAUUGCUGAUGAUUUUGAUUUUGUGUUAUUUGCCUCCCCAAUUCACAUUACUUUUCACAUAAACAUUGUACAGAACAUGUUUAGUUAUUGUGUGUCAAAAUACUAUUAAAUGUACCUAUUAAGUACUGGACAUUGAAUAUUGUGGAGUGUUUUUUUAUUAUAUAUAUUUUUGUAUACAAGUUAUUUAUUUUAUUUUUGCUUGCAUUUAUUUUAUUUGUGUGUUAUCGUUGUGUUGGGGAUAUGGAUCCCCUUGGGUCUGAAAUAAAAUUACUAUUAUGACUUGAAAAACUGAUU